CACACUUCGAGAACUUUAAAGGCUACAGACAGUCAAGAAAAACCAUCUAGCAUGAACCCCUUGCUAACAAAGAGCCAGCAGAGAACAAUCUGCUCCCAGCUGGGAAGAGUUAAACUACAGCUGCUGUACAAGGCCAGCAUCCAUGGUUUCACCGGUGCAGCCUUCCACCAACGAUGUGACAACCACUGUCCCACAGUGUCUGUGGGCUAUAACGCCUCCGGUUAUGUGUUUGGAGGUUACACCAAACAACCAUUCAGUCAGUCUGGACAGUACGUACAUGAUGACCAGGCUUUUCUUUUUACCUUCAGUGGAGAAAAUGUCCUCAAAUAUCCAGUUACCGGUCCAGCUUAUGCAGUGAGAAUGAUCGCUAACUCUGGUCCAUAUUUCGGAGAAGCAUUGGUUCUUGUCAAUGGAAGCCAACCAGUAGUCUCUAACAGUCAAGGAAAUUAUUACAACUUCAAUGCUGCUGAAAUGCAUGGCAACGACCUCAACCUGACCGAGUGUGAAGUCUAUCAAGUGGAGGUGAACCCAGAACUUGAGAAGCCAUGGAGGACGAUGGUGUGGGAACAACAGAAAAGGACAGAGAUGAUGGACUAUAUUAAGAGCUACAGUCCCAUGACCAGCUCUGUGUCCCAGGUUCGAAUCCUUCUCAUUGGACCAGUUGGAGCUGGAAAGUCCAGCUUCUUCAAUUCUAUUAACUCUGUAUUCAGAGGCCACGUCACCAGCCAGGCCAUCGCUGGUUGCUCUACCACCAGCCUCACCACACAGUUUCGCACGUACUCUGUGAAAGCUGGACGAGGAGGAAAACCUCUGCCAAUCAUCUUGUGUGAUACCAUGGGAUUGGAGGAAAGCACAGGGGCCGGGCUUGAGUUGGACGAUGUUGUCAACAUCCUCAAAGGUCAUCUGCCAGACACUUAUCAGUUCAACCCCUCUGCUCCUCUGCAUUCGGAGGCCCACGGCUACCAAAAGUCUCCAGGCCUCAAGGACAAGAUCCAUUGCGUGGCCUACGUCAUUGAUGCCUGCAAGGUCUCAAUCAUGCCCACAAAGCUGGAGGAGAAGCUAGGUGCUAUCCGCAGAAAGGUCAACUUAAUGGGGAUUCCUCAGCUGGUCCUGAUGACUAAAGUGGAUGAAGCCUGUCCUUUUGUUUCAGAAGACAUUAGGAACAUUUAUAGGAGCAGCUACAUCAAGGAAAUGAUGCAGGAGGUCAGUGUUCGGACCGGUGUGCCACUGUCCUGCGUUGUUCCGGUGAAGAACUACAGCCAAGAAUUAGAGGUGGACCAAGACUGCGACAUCCUUCUACUCACCGCCGUCAUUCAGAUGCUUCGCUUUGCUGAUAACUACUUCGAUGAGCUCAGUGACCGACUCGGCAAUGUUAGAACCAAGGAAUAGUAAGAAUUGGCACAGCAGAUGUUUAUAUCUUGUCCAACUGUAAUGAAAUAUCCCUCAGAAUGACCCAUCGUCCAGCAGGUGAGCAGGUGGCGGACAGGUUCACUGUAGUAAAAGCAUAAGUACUGCAGCCAAGAAUAUCCCCAGGUACAUUUCCAUUGAUCAAAGAUGGCCACCCCACUCCUAGGCUUGGGACCACAAGCCCAGGAAUGGGGUAGCCAUAAAUGAAAGAAUGCCUAAAUUAGAUAUCAUAAUGUUCCAUAUUUGUACUGGUUGGUCAACAGUUAAAAACAGACAGAAACAGUGUAUAGCUCCUUUUUAAAUUAGCUCAAUCACUUGUAGUGGUGAUAAUAUUGGAUUACAGGCAAUAGAUUUAACUGCAGGUUGUGCAUUUAGAGAUUGCAUGUUGUCUUUGGGCCCUUUUUGCCACUGGUUUGUUGACAUUUCUGUAGUCCUAUUUUCCAAGUGAAAGACAAUGUUACUAUCAAGAAUUCUUAAUUCCUAGUAUUGUAAAUCAGGAUUUUAAAAUACAAACAUGAUAUGAACGAUUUUUCCCAACCAGGUGCUCAUGGUCCACACAGUACGACCUAAAACUACUCCUUGGGGACCUCCAAGAAUUCCUAGGAAUACUGGGAGAGCUUCAGAAAUGCAGUGUUUCUUCCUUGGGAUUUUAUUUUGUAUUCAUCAGGUAUUUAUUCUUAUGAGGGGUUUGUUACAUUGUUGAUGUCACAUUGUUUUGGGAUUGGGAUAUUUCAAUACAAGACUACACAUUAUCUACUACUACUACCACUACUACUACCUUUACUGCAUGGUGACUACACUUCUCGGAGAACAUCCAUGUCAUUAAACACUGAGUAAAACAGAUACAAAUUUCCCUGCCACAUAGCUUUCAAUUCAAUUUAUUUUCUCUAAUAAUAAACUUUUGCUGUUUGACUUGUAAAGAAUAACACAAAAACAGUUCUUAUUUAUGUCAGAUGUUGCAGUAGAUGCUAAACAUUAUGCAUCCUUGCACAAAGUGAACUUUUACCAGUUAUGUCUUAAGUUUCUUUUUCAUCGAACUAAGCAAUAAUAUGUCUAUUUCUUUACAUUAUUUGAUGCCAGAAAAAAACGCUACCUAGCAGUUUGUACUAGCAGAUAUAAUCAUGUUUAUUGUUAUGUUACAUGUUUUGUAUAUUCAGUUUGUGCUUCUACUUGUGUCUACGACAAUAACAGCUCUUGACAGACUUGGGUUUGGAAACUUUUAAGUGU